UGGGAAGACAGAGCCACAGUCUGUGCUGGUCUGUGCUGAGUACACUCCAUUUGCUGGCCUUUAAACUGAGAAAAAAAAAUCUUUAAAUCAACUAGAAGACGCUAAAACCCCUUUCAGCAGCUCAUUUCAGUUAAUUUAUUAGAACUGUAAAGAAGCUAAUCAAGACUUUCAGGCAGGUGAAGAAGAGAUAUUUAAACAGACCUAGGAGGGCGUGACAGGGAGCAAGCCGAGCAGGCAAGCUGCUGCCGCAAGGGGAGGAAGAGCAGGCGAUGCAUCAGCCAAAGCCAGAGGUCAAGAAAAAAAGCGACAGGAUAGUGAAAAGGUAGACUCGGAGGGAGAGGAGGGUCAUUUUGUGAUCUGAGCCAGAAACCAGCCUCUCUUUGUUGUUGUGUGGGGCCAACCCGAGCAGAGAGGAGGAUGUGAGGCAGAGCAGCAGGGAGAAAGGGAGGCGACUGCAAAGAAAGACAAGACAAAUGCUCUCAGAGAUGAUGUGCAGGAGGAGCUGUCUACAACAGCAGCAGCAGCAGCAGCAGCAGGGGGGCAAAGGGGCUCCGCAGAGGGACCCUUCCAGCCGCAGGAAGCACGGCUGGUCCAAGAGCUGCAGGGGGCGCCAGCAGGGGCGCAGGACCGGAGGGGGUGGUGGAGGGUGGCCAAGAGGGCGCAAUCCCCAGCAGCACCCUCAACGUCAUCAUCCCCAUUACCAUCACCACGCACCCCGGCACUUCUCGAGGCCGGUGGGGUCACUCCGACCCGUCAACGUCAAAGGGAAUAGAGCGAGGGGGAUGCGGGCCCCCAAGAACACCAACCAGUUCCUGAUGCACGAGAAGUACCAGAUGCUGCACAUGCGCUCUGACUCGGUCGGGAGCGACAGCGGCAGCGGCUCCGACAGCGACGUGGAGCUCAGGGACAUGUACUCCUACCUGGGCGCCCUGGAGAAUGCGAGGGGAGCGCUGCAGGACAGUCCCGACCCACACGGCUCCGUGCCGCCUGCAGGUCAGACGGUGGUACUGCAGGAGGACAGCCUGCGUCUGCAGGAGGACAGCAUGCAGUAUUUCCCUUCCGAAGAUGACCUGAUUAAGAGCCAGAAUUUCAUGCAGAGGGACUUCGUCGAGUUCUGUGACAUCCUUACAUCCUGAAGGGGGACUUUCAGGGGGCCAUUUUGUUCUCCGCAGCAAGGAAACUCAAACCUCUGACAGAGUCAGGUUUGUUGCGCUUCAUGCACACAGAAAAUCUAAAAAGAAAUUUAAAAUCUCAUCCACCUUUUCAAGUUAUUUAGACUUACAUCUUGAGACUGAUUUCAAGAUGAGAUGAUUCCUGCAAAAUCGAACUUUUUUUCAAUCAACUUUCUUAAUACUCGUGCAGUUAUUGGCCUCAGUUUAUCUUUUUUGAAGAUGCUGGUUUAAAAAAACAAAACAGUCAAAUUCUCUCACCAUGUUGGUAUUUUUCUAGAUUUAGGACAACGACUUGAAUGCAAAUGUAGAUGACAUUAUUGAGAUGUUUUUUACUUUUCAUAUUUGCUUCAUGAUGUUCAAUGUGCCCAGGUGCUGUUACAGUGCUGCCUUUCUGUUGUUGUUUGUUGCACACAAAGGGAGAAGGGGAGGGUGGUGGGAGUCGGCCCGAACAGCCAAUCGGCACCGACCUGGCUGUUAGGCUGCAGGUGAUUGGCUGAUGCAGACUGUCAUUUACCAAAAAGCCAUAGACUGUAUAAUAUAAAAAAGAACGGGAAGAAAAUCCAUAAAUAAAUAUCUGAUGUAA